AUGGCCCGCUCCGCUUUCCACUCCUCUGCCGUGACCAACAACACCCCCUCUGGACCAAGGAUCCAAGAGAAGGCCAACCCCAACAUCAAAACGACUGUUACAGAAAUGCACGAGUACGGCAAAUACUUGACCUCCAUUCUUCCCAAAUACAUUCAGCAGUUCUCGGUCUACAAGGACGAGCUCACCAUCUACGUCGCACCCAACGCGCUCUUGCCUGUCAUGGAGUUCUUGCGCGACCACACCAACUCUCAGUUCAAGCAGGUCAUGGAUGUAUGCGGAGUCGACUUCCCCUCGCGCGCCAACCGCUUCGAAGUCGUCUACAACUGCCUUUCAAUCCGCUUCAACGGACGCAUCCGUGUCAAGACCUAUGCCAACGAGGUCUCGCCCGUUCCAUCUCUCACUGGAUUGUUCAACAGCGUCAACUGGUUCGAACGUGAGGCCUGGGAUAUGUACGGCAUUUUCUUCACUGGACACCCUGAUCUCCGCCGCAUCUUGACCGAUUAUGGAUUCGAGGGUCAUCCUCUUAGGAAAGACUUCCCCUUGACUGGCUAUGUUGAGGUCAGAUACGACGACGAGAAGAAGCGUGUUGUUGUCGAACCCGUCGAGCUUGCACAGGCCUUCCGUAACUUCGAAGGCGCUUCUUCUCCUUGGGAGCAAGUUGGAACUGGUCGUGAUGACAAGCCCGCUCUCCCUGAACCCGAAGCCCCCAAGGCCUAA